AGUUUGCUGUUUGCUUUCGUAGUAGCAGCGCUCUUUGGGGUGGCGCGCGCGCGUUUGUGUUUGGGGUGGGUGUUGGGGGGAAAGACCGAGAGACUCACGUGUCGAAACCAGAACGCCAGGACCGUGACAGGUCCCGCGCCCUAAGGUUGCAGAGCUUGCGGAGCCUGGCACACUCCGGGCUGCGAGGAUCUGAACGCGCGUCCCCGCCAGGUCCACGCGCGCCGAGGCCGCCACAGCCUCGCGUCCCGGUGGCUCCGGAGCGCACUACCGGGCGCGCUCUCCGGAGCCUGGGCGUCCGUGACCGCGAGUACUAGGGCGCCGGCGGUGGCAGGCAAGGGGCGCGGCGCUGUUCUGCCACCGGCUCCGGGCAGCGGGCGCGGGCGACCUACGGGCGUCCAGACCUUUGUGGCGGCUGCCGGGAGCUCCGGCCGCGGCUCCCCUCGGCUCCAGCCUGGGCGCCCCGGGCCACUCGCUGCCGCCGCCCAUGGGGAUCCGAGAGUUUCCCGGCGGCGCUUCCAGGACCAAGAGCAUUGCUGUUGGCAUGAGGAGGUCACCGGACGUCAGCCCGCGGAGACUGUCCGACAUCAGUCCUCAGCUCCGGCAGCUCAAGUACUUGGUGGUGGAUGAGGCGAUCAAGGAGGAUCUGAAAUGGUCUCGCUCUGUGGAGGAUCUCACCAGUGGACCGGUGGGACUCACAUCCAUCGAGGAGCGGAUCCUGCGCAUCACAGGCUACUAUGGCUACCAGCCCUGGGCGACCAGCUACAAAAGGGAGGAGCGCCCCCGGGAGCCCCCGGGCCCUGCAGAGGCCCAGGCGCCAGCUGGGACAGAGGCUGGUGGGAGGACAAGCCGGCACAACUGGACAUGUUCUCAGGAGCGGCUCAAGAAGGUCUUCUGGGGUGUGGCUGUCGUGUUCUGCGUGUGCGCCUCCUGGGCCGGCUCCACGCAGCUCGCCAGGCUGACUUUCAAGACCUUCGACGCACCGUUCACCCUGACGUGGUUUGCCACCAACUGGAACUUUCUGUUCUUCCCAUUGUACUACGCAGGACAUGUGUGCAAAUCCACAGAGAAGCAGUCUAUGAAACAGAGAUACAGCAUCUCAGAAACAUAUGGUUAUUUCCCCAUCUCGAUUAGCAAGACUGCCCUGAGCUCUGCCCUUGAAGCAGAGUCUCCCCAGACACAAGCUAGCCACUCUUCUGUCUGCAUUGCUGGCCCUGCUUGCUGCUGCUGCUGCUACCCCUGCCUAAUGCUGCUGCUGCCUCUGCCUGAUACUGAUGCCCCUGCCUGAUGCUGAUGCCCCUGCCUGAUGCUGCCCCAGCCUGAUGCUGCCCCUGCCUGAUGCUUCUGCUGCUGCCCCUACCAGAUACUGCCCCUGCCUGAUGCUGAUGCCCCUGCCUGAUGCUGAUGCCCCUGCCUGAUGCUGAUGCCCCUGCCUGAUGCUGAUGCCCCUGCCUGAUGCUGAUGCCCCUGUCUGAUGCUGAUGCCCCUGCCUGAUGCUGAUGCCCCUGCCUAAUGCUGAUGCCCCAGCCUGCUGCUGCUGCUGCUGCUGCCCCUGCCUGCUGCUUCUGCUGCUGCCCCUGCCAGAUACUGCUCCUGCCUGAUGCUGAUGCUGCUAUCCCUGCCUGAUACUGCUUUUCCUGCCUCUGCCUGAUGCUGAUGCUGCCCCUACCUGAUGCUGCUGCACCUGACUGCUGCUGAUGUUGCCCCUGCCUGAUGCUGCUACCCCUGCCUGAUGCUGUACCUGCCUGCCCUGUUGCUGCACCUGCCUACUGCUGCCCCUGCCUGCUGCUGCAAUGUCUCCUCAAUGUUGAAGGCAUCCGUGGCUGUCUAGCUUCUGUUUUUGUUGUUAAGAUGCCUGGUCCUAUUAUGGUUUCCUAUCCCAUGAUGUAUUUUGUUCCUUUCCUUUGUUUUCUUGGGGUGGGUUCUCACUUUGUAGCCCACACAGACCUCACAUUUAUGGCCCUCCAGUGCUAUCACCCAGGUGUGCCCUGCCAUGUCUAACUUCCCCUUAUAGGCUUAAAAAUCACAUCUUUAUGAUUUCAGAAAUGUGUAUCUUGUGUAGUUCUCCAUUGUUGCUCCAUGCCCUGAGGGCCACCAUGCUGUGGAGCUCUGUCUCCUCCAGUUCUUGGGGCUCUCACCCCACUUCCUUGUUAUUUCCUUUACUUCAUUUCACUGUUUCUUCUUCUAGCUGCAUCUCUGGCUUAACACCGGGCUUCCUGCUUUAUGUCCCGAUUUUCAUUCCUUUCUCUCAUUUUGUGGAAGAUCAUUUAUAUUCCAGUUCUGUUGGUUUUUAAAUGUGUUUGUCUCACACUUGGUUUCCAAGACUACUUUCUCUUUCACAACCCCUUCUUCGUGUUUCAUAAAUACAGUGUAUUUCCUUAUCUGCUCACCUACCUGGGUGAACCAUUCAAGUUUCAGUUAAGAAUCUGCAUCUUUUGUGGCACCUCUACCCUGGGCAUGAUUCCCAUGGCAUCUUUAUAUUCUGUUCAUGGGCUGUCUGAGAUGUCACAUGUAGACUUGUUCUGCUUCCCGAUAGAGGGAUCAGUCUUACCCUCCCAACUGUACUAUACGAGGGAUCUGGGACUACUCUUGAAAAUUAAAUAUGCAAUAACACAUUUUAAAUCUUUGAUAGAAAAGUUGGAACUCAAGAUAAUCGCUCAUAAAAUAAAACCAAGAUGAAGAGGAAAAGGACAGAAGACAAAACAGAUCAAGUAGCUCCAAUCUGUAAUCCCAGUGUUAAAUUAAAAGGAGCCCCUGAAAGUGGCAGGGGAACUAAGAAGGAAAAAAAUUAUAAAAGAAAUGAAGAGAGUGUUUUCUUAAUUUAAAACAAAUGUUUGUUUAAUUUGAGGGGUUUUACUUUGGGGGCUGGUGGGGGAGGGGGUUGGAGAGAUGGGGCAAUGAUUAGAAGCACUUGCUGCUCUUGCACAGGGCCUGAGUUCAGCUCCCACUACCCACAUGAGGUGUCUCCAGCUCUAGAGGAUCCAAUGCCUUCUUCUGACCUCUGUGUGCAUCCACCUGUGCACACACACACACACACACACACACACACACACACACACACACACACACACACACUUCUUGUAUUGCUUAUAUUUCAUUGACUCAUGAGACAUUGAACUGAAUUCAGUAGUUGACAUACCCAGAACAGUUGGCCACAGCCAGAGCCAUAAACAAACACAUCUUGCCGUUGGCCAUCCUCUGACUUGGAUGGUAGGAUCUGAAGGGACCUGGGUGCACUGGAGAGUCACCCUUCCGCCUGUCUCUGGUCCGGAGCAUCAAUGAGAGAUGGGAUGAAGGAUGUUCUACACAGUUAUGUGGAUGGCCAUCAGGAGAGCACUCAGUAUGAACCAAGAGGAGUCUGUGACUGAAGUGGAUCUCUGCCCCCUCCCCCAGCUCAUCUGGGUCCCCCUGCAGUCAGAGGCAUACACAGGUGAGCAUGCCAGCGGGCAUGGAUUAGUGCUCAGUUCUUGCUCUUAAACCAGCACAAGGCUCGCUAGCCAUCUCGGUCUCAUUAGAACCAAGGUCAGCCAAGCUGAACUGUCCCUUUCUGGACAUGAAUCCUGAGUCCAUGAUGACUCUGCCAGGACCACGGAUCCAUAACCCUUGUAUUUCUACUUCCUGUCAGGGGCCCACUCAGCUCCACCUUUUUAGCAGCUUGGGAAGUCAGUCUAUGUCUCCCCUUCCUCCACUUUUCCACCACUGUCAGGAUUUGGAGAAGUCAAAUAGAUUUGCAGAGAGGAUGUAAGCUGUCUAGCUGCCUUUGGAUGGCCAUGACACAGCACAAAUCGUGCUUUAUAACACAAACACAAACACACACACACACACACACACACACACACACCGAUCUUGACCAGUGGGUUGUGGACUUCUAGCACUCUGUCCUAGUUACUUUCACAUGUUGUGUUUAGCACAGUCUCUGAUAGGCACAGCUCAGUUCACUGUUGCAGAAGGCUUCAAUACAUCAUGGUGGAGCAGGCAUGGCAGAACCUGAGCUUAAGGUGAUUCAUGUCUUGAUGGAUCAGGAAGCAGAGAAUGUGUGGCAGGAACAACCUAGGGGCUGGGUAUGGCUUUCAGGGCCCACCCUUGUGACCUGUUCACACCAGCCAGUCCUACCUCCUCAAGGUUUCUCAGCCUCCCAAAUAGUACCACUGGCUAAGGAACGAAGAGUGAGGACCUUCGAGGGACCUUUGAGAUUUGCCAUAACAGAUGGUGAUCCCUUAUGAAGUACAGAAAGUGAGUUUGUAUUCACACCAGGACAGAACCUGUGACCCUGCUGGUGUAGUCAUGGAAGUGUGUAACAGCUAUCAAGACAUGAAGGAAGUUGUUCUCCUUCCUGCAGGGACCCACAGGGGCUUGAGCAACACCACAGAGCGUGAAGUGGGAACACUAUAACAUCUCACAGCAGACACCAGCCUUUGAGGAAGGAGGAACUAGAAUAGCAGCAACACCACCAAUCAGUUCGUAGCCUGUUUAGGAACCGGGACAUUCUACUCAGUACUGGCUUGUUGAGAAGCCACACGGGACUCCUAGGAUCAGCAUAGGUGGCAAAACGCUGUCAUGUUCUUUGAACCGGAAAUGCAAUUCUACCUGUUCCCUCCUCACAGGACUUCAGGUCCCUCCCAAAUAAUUUUUCUGUUUCUUCCAUGCCUACAUCAUAGUUUACCAGUAAACAACACAACCUGCAUUUUAGAUUGCUUAUUAGAAAAAUUAAAUUAAAUUCAAAGUACUAUCAAAUCUCCUUUGGCUCCUGAUUUUAAUUUUCUUCCAUUGCUGGAUUUUAAUAUUAUGUGACUCUAAGAAGACUACUCCCCACUCUAGUGUACUUGGUAUUUGGCUAGUGAUGUCUUUUCUUAAACUCUGUAAGGAUUAGUAAGGCCUGAAUCCACUUCUAAGUCACAGGCCAGCUGCUUUCCUUUCUGGACAGCUGCCAUGGAGCUACACCAUGUCUGUGAGUCUGGACCAGGGACCUCUGGGGACAGCACUUGCCGAGUCUGGAUCCUCCUCACCAGGGUCUUCAUUCCCAGAAAGCCAUGGCUCAGCACCUCUCUCCACGGGCUCUCCAUGUUUAUCAUCCCUUAGGCCUCCCCUGCUCUGCCUCUUUCACUGACUGUGAAAGAAAGGCAGGCUUUGCUUUGCUUAAACAUUUUUAAAAUACCAGUGAACUCUCCUUGGAAAAUCUGGAAUUGUCUGAAAGGUUUCUUCUGAAGUGUGUUCUGCCUGGUGCCAUCUUGUAAGAACCUGAUCUCCUGGAUGCACUAGCUGCUUCUCUUCUGGGCAGGCUUAGGGAAGGGGAGACAUGAAUGUUCACAUGAUAGUGUAAAGAAGGGAGAGUGAGGCGGUGAUGGCGCACACCUUUAAUCCCAGCACUUGGGAGGCAGAGGCAGGCAGAUUGCUGAGUUCAAGGCCAACCUGGUCUACAAAGUGAGUUCCAGGAGAGCCAGGGCUACACAGAGAAACCCUGUCUUGAAAAAAAACAAACAAAUGAAGGGAGAAGAUUUGCAGGUAGUUCAAACUAUUUGUAUUAUAGCCAGAAUGUAUUCGUGUGCUCAAAAACUGCUCAUCCAAUGGCUGGAAAGAUGGCUCUGUAGUCAUAAACAUUUGCUGCAUUUGCAAAAGACCCAUGCUCAGUUCCCAGCAUCCAUAUAAAGCAGCUUGCAACUGCCUAUAAUUCUAGCUUCUGGGGAAUCUGACACCCUUUUCUGGCCUCCAUGGGCACUUGCACAAAAUCCACACAGGCAUGCAUAAGCACGCGCACAUGCACACACAGAGUCAAAUAAGUCUUUCUACAGUGCUUAUCUCUGCCUAACCACGAAGGAAAACUACCCAUUCUUAUUCACCACCUUCCCCAUCAGAAAAGACAAAUAAAAAAUGCUCUAGCCCACACAGGGGUGCUCCAGCCUCUACACAUUGUGACUUGAUAUCCUCACCCACAAUGCUCGCCUUUGAAAACCACACCGUCAAGCUGCAGGAUGGAUCUCAGUGUCAAAGUAAGUUUACAACCCUCUUGUUGAGCCUUCGACCCAUGAGUCAUGGGUCAGAUGCUCCAGCCAGUGACUUUCAUCUUCCACUUGAAAGUUACUGAACCCCACAGUCAGCUCCUAUGGACUUGAGUCUUCCGGUCAGAUAAUCCUGGCACACCUGCCAUGAAAGCUGCCACUCCAUGGAGUAAGCAGAAGGAACAACAGCCGGUGACAUCAUGCCACAGUGUGGGGCUGCUCACCGUCACCUCUCACUGCAGCUCCUGGGGACCAACCAUCCCCUCUGGCCUCUGCGGGCCCAAUAACACAAAUAUGCAUCGAUAGAUAAUAAAAAUAAUAGCAACUAAGAGACCUAGUCCUUUUUUGUUUUGUUUCCCCCACUUUGAGGCAGGAGCUCACGUAUACCAAGUUGGCUUCAAACUUGCUGUAUGUUAAGGAUGAUUUUGAAUCUCCAAUCCCUCCCUCCACCUCCCAAAUGCUGGAAUUACAGGGUUGUGCCUGCAGGGCUGGGGAUGGAAACGAGGACUUCUUGCAUGCUAGGCAAAAACGUUCCACCAAAUGAACCACAUUCCCCUCCCUGUUAAUUUUUCUUUUGCUUAUUAGCUGAGUAGAAGGUAAGUCAUGGUUUGUAUGAACCCAAGAUGAUAACUAACUAACUCUCUCUCUCUCUCUCUCUCUCCCCUCCCCUCUGCUCCCCUCCCCCUCCCCC